UUGGCGCCAACUCCGUGUUGUCAACUUCAACUAACUGAACUGACAACUGUGAGAGCAAUCAGCAAGCAUUUUCCUGCAGUGUCGGCUGGUCAACAUUGGAUAUUGAGGGGAUAAAUCUUGUCAACGCCUGUCUCGGAUCUGUCAGGAACAACGAUGGUGCGAACGUCGUCUCGCGGCAAACGCAGCCGAGUGCUGGCUGACAAGACCAAUGAUAUCGACAUGCCGAGCAAAAAGAGAGUUUGCGUGUACAGUAACCUGGACGCGUCCCCGGCCAAGAAGAAGGGCAGGCGGUCCUCCAAGGCCAAUGACGUGUACCAGUUCGAGACUGAUGGCAAAGAGGAACCGCGGUCCAAAUUCAAGAAGAGUAAGAAAAAGAAGGCGACCGCGGUGAAGCGACUGCAGAAGCAGCCGGCCGUCCGGCCCAAAAAGCGGCAGCAGCCCCCAAACCGGGCCGUCUCGCACUCCAUCAAGCCGCCCCCCAGGGCACCACAGCCCAAAGUGCAGAGUACACCGGCGUUGCAGCUGCGUCCAAACUUCCCUGCCCACGUGCCUGCCGCCCUGCGGAAAGAAAGUCCAGCCUUGCCGCCCUUGCCAGCUGUGACAUCAACUCCAAUGCGUCGUGCCGAUGACACGGUCCCGUUCGUGCCCUCGACUCCUCAGCACUGUGCCGACGACACGGACCUGUUCGUGCCGCCAAGCCCGUGCGAGGAGCCGCCCCUGGACCGUCUCUUCGACGACGACGACGACUGUCCGGCGCUGCCGACUCCUCCGACGGGCCCGACGCGUUUUGAUUGGCGCGAAUUGGCCGAGGCGCGAGCCAGGGUGGUGCGCACCUCGCUGACGACGCCCCGCCAGAGCCCUUCUGUGGCCGUGGCGGAGGUGCAAGCGCCGCAGGAGGCGCAGCGGAUGCGACAGACGAGUAUACUGAGCUUUGUGUCACCGCCGUUGGGCUGCUCGACGCCCGUCCGGCCCACCACCCCCGAGCACUGCAGCAUGCUCAGUCCUGAGAAGGAGAAGGAGCCAGAGGAGCAGAGGGAGAACGUCCGGCCCACUAGACUCACCAUCAACACACUCAAACAGGUCAUUCAGGCCAACAAAGAGGCCCUCGCGCAGCAGCCACCUCCUCCGUCCCCCAAGAGACACUUCAAUAGGCCUCCACGGAAGUCGUACGAGAAGCUGUCAAAAAAGAAGGCGCUGGACUUCCUGGAGCUGGAAAGCGAGCCUGAUGUUGAAAGCGAGCCCGAGGACCUGUUUUGCAACGAGGACGAGCCUGAGUCGGAAGACGAAGAAAAGAAAAACAAGAAGAAAAAGAAGAAGAAGAGACAGAAUGCCACUUCCAAGGCAUUUGAGGAGUGGGCGAAAAGGUUCAACAAGGAGCUAGAGGUGUGCGAGGGUUUCGAUCUGGCCGUCGAAUGAGUCACGGCCGCUGUACAAACUGCAUUUAUUUUGGCAAUCUCAUUUUCAUGUUUCAUAUUAUAGUAUUUUGUGUAUGUGAAGAGUUUUGUAUAAGGAAUAAAAAAUGACCUAUGAAUCUAUAAAUAUUGGUAAACUACUCAG